GUGUAUUUGUAUCCACAUCCGAUCAGUGAUCUGCAAACACGGUCUGUAGACAUCCACAGAUUAGCAGAGCUUUAGAAAUAUAUGUCAAUUUUCCUCCAUUUCUGUUUGUGGCAAGCUUUUGAUGUUCAUUGCAAACAUUGUAUUCAAAGAGCUGCAGACUCAGGUCUGAUGCUUUCAGGAUAUUUGUAGUUGUAGCCAGUAGUGAGUGAUCACUUUAAUGAAACUUUAAGGUUUUUGUUGUUGUUUUUUAACCAUUGAAGUUGGUGGUGACAGGGUAGAGAGCAAAGUAGGACCCCCUACUGGCUGGCUAUAUAAAUACUGCUCUUCUAGCAUCCCAGUCCGUUUCUUUGUUUGCAAGAGAGUCUGUCUUCUCAGAAAAAUAAACCAACUACAGAGGAUCAACAAUGUGCUUUGAAGAAAAAUAAACAACAAGGAUCAAGAGAAAAGUAACUCUCAAAAAGCAACCUCCAAGCACUGAGGUGAGGCAGGCAAGUGAGUGUCCUCCUGCAGUAUAUUUUCAGAGAAGAAGUUGAAGGAAGUUCUUUCUCAUCUCCAAUAAUACUAUCUCUGUGCGAUUCUUACUCCUGGGCCAUGAGAUACUCAAGGGAUAUUUGAAAAUGAAAGUAAAGCUGAAGUGAGCAGCAGUAAUAAGGCUAAGGCCAACAGUGUGAACAGGGAGGUUUUAAAAAAUACAAAAAGGAGCAAGUUACUCCUUAAAAGCCCAGGGUUGGACCUAACAUUCAAGUUUUCCAAAAAAAAGACAUUAAUUGGACAAAAUCAAUACAAAGAAUGUAAGAGACAUCCCUAAAUAAAAAUCAACACUUUGUGGGCGUGGGGGAAGUUUGAUCCCAUCUAUCUUGGAAACAAGUUCUGGAACAUGGUGAGUCUGAAACGGCAUUCCCAGGAGGCUGAAUCCAAGUAAUAAUACUUUUGUAAAGGCACCCAGAGUGCAUGAUGUAGCCAUUUCACCUCCUCUGUAAUAGAAACACACCUGAGGCAGGCAGCGGUGGCUGCGUUGCUCCUGACUGAGUGAAGUUUGACUUGGCCUCUAGCUGCAGGUCAGCCAGGUAAUAGCAAUGAGAAAUGCAAUCAGACAUCCUAUUAGACAUGGUUCUCUUGGUCAUAGCAUUGUUCAGUAAAAUAGUGUUAAAAGGAACAGGAAGGUAGACUUUCUAAUUGCUUUAGUCCACUUCCAGCAGAACCCCAAGGACCCUUUAACUUUCUUUGAGCAUGUGGAGAAGGGCCUCCCCGGAUGGGCAAUGUGGGUGUGGGAGGAAUGUUAACAGCAGGAGGUCAGAACAGGAAACCUUUGUGACCUAGUCUAACUUCCCAGCCCAUCUCCAGUAGCAGGAUAAGAGGUGGAAGAAACCAGUGGUCUGAACCGCCUCUCUAACAGAUUAAACUCCUGCUCUUGCCUGGGCUCCUGAAAAUGAUAAACGCAGCCCUGUUCACUCAUUGCAUCCUGAAUAACUACCCCUCAAUUGCCCACUACCCCCUUCCUCUUCCUUCCUCCUGCUUUUGUGUGGUUUAUUGGACUUUAAUCAUGUAUUGACUCUCGAAAACUGAUGUGGACUAUGAAACCACUCUUGCUAUGCUAAAUUACCAUGAUUUAAAUGAUAUGAGUCUGGAUUUCUAGUUUACAGUUUAGAUAUAUGUUCAUUCCAAAUGAAUUUAAACAAAAUAUUUGAGGGAAAAAGUGAAGAUAACAGUAAGAAAAUAUUAAAAUAUAUUUUGGUGAGCCCAUUGCAUUUUCCCAAGUUUCCUUUAGAGGGCAGGAGACUACAGUAAAUGCUUUGAAACGGAACAUACCAUCAGCAUUUAUGGAAAGGCCUCUGAUGUAACACAGUCCUGUGACUGUCCAAUGUGACCAGAUGGCAGCGUCACAUCGCUAGCACAGUAUAAUCAACAAUCCUGUUAAAGCUGCAACUAUGUCUGCCACGGCCCCUGAUAGAAUGCAGAUUAUGACCGAACUGGUGAAGGAAACUGAGGUCAGUCUACUUGAAUGCAAAGUGUGUUUUGAAAAAUAUAGCCAGAAGAAGAAACACAGGCCGAGGAACUUGCCCUGUGGACAUGUUAUGUGCUUGGAGUGUGUAUUCUCUCUAGCACACCCAAGGAAUUUUAGGUUGGAGUGCCCUUUCUGUCGAAGAGCUUGCAAAUCCUCAGAGACAAGUGACUGCUUACCAUUGCUGCACCUGAUAGAGAUCUUAAGCCCUGCAACUAAUAUUUCUUUAGCUUCAAGAACAACAACUGGGACUGGCAAUGAAGCAGCUGUAUCAGCAUCUCUAGGCUUAACGUUCAACCUUUCUUUCGGAGGCUGGGGGACGCUGAUCGAUCCGACUGGGAUUGCAAUGUGUCGAGGGUCUGACUGUGUAGUAGUGGCACACGAUGGCAAGAAAAGGAUUAAGCUGUUUGGCUUGAGUGGAAGCUGUAUACAACAGUUUGGGGAAAGAGGAGAUGCAGGCAAUGAUAUUAAAUACCCACUUGACGUGACAGUUACAUUGGACGGCCACGUGGUUGUCACGGACAGCGGCGAUCGCUCUGUGAAAGUGUUUGAUUUUAACGGAAUAGGCAAGCUAGUUAUCAGGGAAUCCUUUUGUUUACCAUGGGGUUUGGAUACCACCCCAGAGAAUGACGUUAUCCUGUCUGAUCCAGAGGCAGGUGCUCUUUCUCGGUUGACAGCCAAUUUUAAAAAAGGAGAACUAAAGAAAGUUCAGAAGAUCCAGUCUAACUUAUGCAACCCAAGAGAGGUGGCAGUUUCUCAGACUUCUGGUAUUAUCGCUGUAAUAGAGCACCUGAUAGCUAAGGGACCAAACUACAGCAGCACAAGAGUGAAGAUAUUCAGUGCUGACAUGAAACUCAUUGGCCAGAUGGAUAGCUUUGGUCUAAACCUAGUGUUUCCCUUCAAAAUAUAUGCCACUGCUGUGGCCUUCGACAGAGAGGGACACAUAAUAGUAGCAGAUGCCUAUAACCAAGUUGUAUUGUGCUUAGGAAAACCUGAGGAAUUUCCUGUCUUAAGGCCCAUAAUUACCCAAGGGCUUUCUUAUCCUGUGGCAUUGACUUACACAGCAAGCAAUUCUCUGAUUGUCUUAGACAGUGGUGAUCAUUCAGUUAAAGUAUAUACUGCUAGCUGAAUUGUUUUGGAUUACUAAUUUCAUUCCAUUUCAGAUUUUAAAAGAAGUCAUGAUGGUUUUAUCAGACGCAUGUGUGGGUUUUUUCUGCCAUGAUUUUGUGUGAAACGUACCAUUUUUAUGAACAUGCUGUAUGGUGUUUGACAUUUGCUCAUCAAUAAUUCUGACUAAGUAUGUGUGAGAGACAACAUGCGUAUUCUAAAUAGCACCAGACAAAGAGACCUCAACCAGAUGACCUGGCAUUUUUUCUAAACCAUUAUACGAUUAUUACUUUUUUUUUUCCUUAAAAUGAACAAUAGUCUUGUGUUAGAUAAUGGAAGAUCCUAAAUCAAUUGUGAAACAGAGAAUGACUUGCACCUUUUGGUUAUCUUGAUUGAAGUCUAGCUUACACAGUGUUUUUUUGGUAAGGUGAGAGAAUCUCAUGAGAAAGAAGCAGCAAUUUUCAGAAAUUCUAUUAGAAGGGAGACUCUCUAGCUCAGAGGACUAGUAACUGUAAGUGAAAUGUUUUAGUUCCAAAGGUUACUUUAAUCCAAUUGAGGUCAGUAGUGACAAAAUACUUAUCUUGUUCAGUGGUCAGUUUGAAAUGAGUUGUGUGGUCAAAGUGUAGUUUCUCCACAUUACAAAAGCCACCAUGAAGACUGCUAUUAUGAAAGGCCAAUGAUUGAAUGGGCCUAGAGACUGAUCCACCAUCUCAUUCCUAGAGGUAGGCCUAUCAGAAGAGUUAAGACAUAGCGGUGGUGCAGUGUUUGGAAGCUUGUACUAUCUGGGCCAUACAUUUUCUUUAGAGAAUUAUUUUGUGGUAGUCAGGUUUCCAUCGUGCACCGCUUCUUCAUUAACACUAACUUCACUUUGAAAAAUAAAGUUCUAAAAUUUGUAACAAAGACACUGUCUUACGGUUUGACCACAGUUAUGCAUUUUUCUGUGUGCCAGGCUUGUAUUUAUUAUUUAUAGUUUCUUACACUAACCUCAUCACUGAAGUUUGAGUGCUUGCAUUAAGAGUGCCUAGCUGUGUAAUGAUAGUGAUAUAAAAGUCAGCUUCUCCACAUGGAUAUAGACAGUGAUUUGGGUAGUAGCAGUGAUGAGCAGAACUCCAAUGGCUCAAAGGUCUAGGCAGUUAUCUGGUCAAAAACUUGUUUGCAGCUCUGCAAACUGAAUUGGGCAUCUUACAGAAACAAACCUUCAUGAGAUUUCUGGUACUUUGUGCUUCUGGGUGGCCUUUCUAAUGAAAUAUUAGCACUUCUGCUUCCAGACCCAACCAGAACUAAGUGUAGAUGUGGUGGAGGUGAGGAGGUGAACCUCAUUUUUUCCCCUCAAGUUUCAAAAAAGACUUUGGGUCAGUUCUUAUUUUAUCCAAGACAAUCUGGCUGCAUCUUGUCACUGGUUCUGUUGCUUCACUGGAUAGCAAAAGUUGAAGAGAUAAUACUAUGACUUAAAUAGGGAUUAUAAUAUUACUUUAGUUGGACUCUUCACUGAAUCUAUUUGGAUUUCUCUGCUGCUAAAAAGAGGCUGUUUGAUAGCUUUGAAUUAUUAAGUAGUUUGACAGUGAUGGCAGUUUUGAUACAAGUGUAAAUGCUUUGUAAGGUAGAUAGAGGUAGGUUGAAAUUAUAUAUACCUCUUAUUUUCCUUUAUUUUUAUUUGGCCUCACAGACUCAAUAAGAUAUUUCGUACUUCCACAUGCCCUGAACCAAAGCCCUUUCAAGUCAGAGGGAGUCUUUCCAUGAAGUUUAGUGGGCUCUUGAUCAGGCUUUUAGAGCAUAUAAUUACUACAUAAUAUUGUACCCCUACCAUAAUUGACAGAUCCUUAUUUUAAACAGGACAGGGGCACUUUCAGCACCUCAUUUCAGAUUCAAUGUAUCUUUGUACCUGUCUUGUAUUAAAAUGUUUGAAAGUGAUAGAAUACCGUUAAAUAAGCUAUUUUCAAAAAGUUUUACUGAUUAGUGAACAGGACAUUAAUAAUUGUGGGUUUGGAAAGCAACAUGAAGUUUCUGCACUUAUUUAUUAUGGGUUUGUUAUUUUACUUCAGUAUAUUCAUUUUUCUUUGGUAUCACUAGAUCUGUUGUAGAGUAACUUUAUAUAUUAUAUUAGAGAUUUUAUGGAUCUGGUUUGUAGAUCUUUUCCAACUCCACCCGCCACACACUAAGGCAGUGGUUUCCAAACUGUGGGAUGUGCCUCCCUCGGGGGGUGCAGAGGAAUGUUCGGUGGGGCAUGUUGGGGGGCUCAGGCUAGCCCCACAGUGGGUGGGGAUGGAGUGCCCCCCAGCCCAGCUCUGGCCCCAGCUGCAGCUCCACUCCAUCCCCAGCCCAGCUCUGCCCUCAUUCCUUCUCCGCCCCCCCAGAAAAGCUCAUCUGCUGAGCCAACAGCGCAGUAAUGGGGGCGCGGACAGAUUCCGUUACUGGUAAGGUGGGCCAUGACAGGUAAAGUUUGGGCACCACUGCAAUAACAGGUCUGAGGGUGACAAGGUUUGGAUUCUCUGUAAGAAGAAUUCUGCUGGCCACAACAGGAUUCCUCUGUGGGUCAGGACACGAAUGCAGGGAGCACUUUACUUCUAUGAGUAGGAAAAAGAACCUCUUUACCUGCUGCCAGCAAAAGCUUACUAUUAACUAUGGUGUCUGGGGGGGAUACCAAACUGAUUUGAUAGAGGAGAGAGAGAGGGCACAGUCUUCCUCUUCCUUCAGGGAAUUGAUGUACUUCUAAAUGCAUAGGGAAGGGUACCUUAGAAGUAUGUGAAUUAAUAAAGUGUUAAAAGUAAAGUUUAGGGCGCUAGACAUUCAGGCUGCGAUCCGUCAUCUGGCUUGUCCUUUCAACCAACAUAACCCCUUCCCACACCCCACCUUCCCCAAACCCCACCCUGUUGUGCACCAGCACAACAGAGAGUCAGAGUUUGUCCUUACUCUUUUUAACUUACGGAUGAACAACCUUGGGACCACCUAGAGCCACAAAGGUAACUAGCCAAGAGCUGAAAUACUGAACUUAAUUUUUAAAUAAAUUCACGCCAUUUUAAAAUCCAAGCACAAAACACAAAUUAUCCUUGUUCUGUAUUUCUCUGUUGAUAGAUAAUAGAAAUAGCUUGAUGUUUGAGUUCACAAACAAACAAACUGCUUUUGUUCCCAACCUGCGGUAGUAGGAAGAUGGUGGCUGGAGCAGAAGGAUCUAUUCUAGAAUGCUGCAGGCUACACUGACUUUUGCUUGUGUCAAAUGUGUGUUCUUUCGUUGAAUGAUGCAUUAUAUUUUGUGUUUGUUAUGAAUCUCAUUGCUAUGCCUUGUAAAACACUGGGCAGAGAAACCAUUUAAAAUUCUGUCUUCAGUUAUUAAGGGUGGGUGCCUAAAAUAUAGGCACCCAAAUAAGUGUCCUGUCCUAUGAAAGUGCUGACUACGUGAAGCUCCCACUGACUUAUGAAACUGCAUAAAUAUGGAUUUAGGUGACCAACUUUAGGCACCCACGUUUGGAACUUUUGGCCUGAGUUAUUGGGUGGUGGUGCAGCCAUAUGACUGCAGUACAUUUUGCUCCUCCUGUUUGCUCUUUUAUUCUUUGUAAAUGUGUGCUAAAACUUAAUCAAUAAAACACUAUUUUUUUUGGGAGGGAAUCCUCUGUGUUGUUGGAAUUUUGUUCCAUUUGUUAGGAAAAAUGCAGGAAUAAGCAGAAAUUAUUUUCAGUAACUAAAUAUAUCCUGAGAUUAGGUGUUAGUAAUGUAAGUAAUAAACUGAAAUGCCCUAGA